AUUCAAAACUUGAUUUUAUGCACAUUCAAAAAGUCGACUUCAUCGAUAUUCGUGUGAAGUUAUCUUGUAGGAUAACUUUCUGGGUUAAUGUUUUUCGCUGCCUUUUCCCCUUGGUUCGUACGUUAUUAUGUUAGAACUAGCCAAUGCAGGAGUUGCAGACUACAUACAUACAUACAUACAUACAUAUCGUUUGAUUUUCACUGCCUUCUAUAUUGGACUUGUUUGAUCUGGAUAUUUCAAUGGGCCAAAGGCCCAUCAAACUGACAUAGAAAGCGGUAGAAGGAGAUGAAUGAACAAUCAUGGCCCAUGGGCUCGAUUUAUUUACAUUUAUUUUUUUAUUUAUUUAAUAUCUGUUUAUUAUCCAUCUUUUGUGGAGUGGAUAGCUAUUUAGUUCUGUUUAGUACAUGUAAAUCCUGAAUUGGAUUAUGUAGUUGAAAGUCUUUAGAUAACCAAGGAGAUAAUUAGAUAAUUUUAAUUUUAAUAAAAUACCCAUAAAAUGAUCUUCUUGAUCAAUGGUUGCUGUUCAAUUGUUCAGUUCAAAUAUUCAAAUCGCCCAUAUCCAACGGCUAUAAUAUGCUUUCGUGAGAUAAUCUUUCAAAAACCUAGUUGAGCUAUCCAAGGAAACAAACACUAGCUUAGUGUGCUAAAAGGGAUUUUUGUUUUCAUGCAAUUCAUAUUUUCUAGAUCCGUAUACGCAUCAAUCGUGGGUUUCUGUUACAAUCUCAACAUUUUAGGGUUCUGAAGAAUCUCAUUGCGGUUAAUCAGAUAAUAAACUGACAGUACUGAACUUGGUGAGCAUCAUCAAUUAACUCUAAACAAAGAAGUAGAGAAACGAUGGAGAAGGUUCAGAAGCAAGAACCAUCUGAUGAGAAAGCUGAACAGCUCAAUAAUUGGCUGCCAGUCACCAAAUCAAGGAAUGCAAAGUGGUGGUACUCUGCUUUCCACAAUAUCACUGCCAUGGUUGGUGCUGGUGUGCUUGGUCUUCCUUAUGCCAUGUCCGAACUUGGAUGGGGUCCUGGUGCUGCAGUGAUGAUUCUGUCAUGGAUCAUAACACUAUACACAUUAUGGCAAAUGGUGGAGAUGCACGAGAUAGUGCCCGGAAAGAGGUUUGAUAGGUACCAUGAGUUGGGGCAGCAUGCUUUUGGGGAAAAGCUUGGGCUUUGGAUUGUGGUACCCCAGCAACUGAUGGUGGAAGUUGGUGUCAAUAUAGUAUACAUGAUCACAGGUGGAAAAUCUUUGAAGAAAUUCCAUGACACAGUUUGUCCUGACUGCAAACAGAUCAAAUUAUCUUACUUCAUCGUGAUCUUUGGAUCAGUUCACUGUGUUCUGUCUCAUCUUCCCAGUUACAAUUCUGCUGCUUGUGUCUCUCUUGCCGCUGCUGUCAUGUCAUUGAGCUACUCAACCAUUGCUUGGGUAGCUUCCCUACAUAAGGGGGUACAACCAGAUGUGCAUUAUACCCCCAGGGCCUCGACGAAGACGGGAAAUAUGUUCGAUUUCUUCAGUGCAUUGGGUGAUGUUGCUUUUGCCUAUGCCGGGCAUAACGUGGUCUUGGAGAUUCAGGCCACUAUUCCUUCAACACCUGAUAAGCCAUCCAAGAAACCAAUGUGGAAAGGGGUGGUGGUUGCUUAUAUCGUUGUGGCUUUGUGCUAUUUCCCGGUUUCUUUUAUAGGUUAUUGGACUUUCGGAAAUUCUGUAGAAGACAAUAUCCUCAUAUCACUCGAGAAACCCCGCUGGCUCAUCGCAGCUGCCAACUUGUUCGUCGUCGUUCAUGUCAUAGGAAGUUACCAAGUGUUUGCAAUUCCAGUGUUCGACAUGGUGGAGUCAUUUCUAGUCAUGAAAAUGAAAUUCAAACCGUGUUUUAUUCUUCGUUUCUUUACACGCAGCGGAUAUGUUGCAUUGACAAUGUUCCUUGCAAUUACAUUCCCAUUUUUUGGUGGGCUUCUCAGUUUCUUUGGAGGCUUUGCUUUUGCCCCAACUACAUAUUAUCUCCCUUGUAUCAUAUGGCUCGCUGUCCACAAGCCAAAAAGGUUUAGCUUGUCUUGGUGCACAAACUGGGCCUGUAUUGCAGUCGGUGUGACAUUGAUGAUUUUAGCCCCAAUUGGUGCAUUGAGGCAGAUCAUACUCCAAGCCAAGGACUUCAACUUUUACUCUUGAUCUUCUCCGGACAGACGACCGGAGGCUAAGGCCGCAAAAUGCUUUCUCAAACAAAUACUAUUAUGCAGGGCAUGGAAUUUAUAAUGUCCCUGUGUAACUGUGUGGAUUUACUUUUCAUGCCUUUUAAAUGUUGGACUAGUUAGGAUGUUUUGUUUGGUUCUUUAGUUGUACAGGGCCUUGGAUGUUUUAAGAGCCUUAUUGUGCUCGAGUUUUUCUAAUGUGUCUUUCUUCAAACAGAGUAUAUAUGGUAUAGCUUUGCAAAAAAAAUGAGCCCUCCAUUAUAUGAACUAGUGAAUCUUUUGUUGCAAAA